GCCGGAAUCACUGAAGGUGAUUAUCGCCGAUUCAGAAAAUGUCGGUUACUUCCAGUAAAGCCCUCAUCAUUUCGUUUCAAAAAGGUUUACUUCUUUACACAGCUCCCCGCUGUUUCCGCUCCCUCUUGUUUCCUUCUCUCUCCGAAGUCCCGAAAGCUUUCGGAUUUCGAUAUUUUAGUAGAGCUGUUGAGGAAAAUAGAAGAAAAUCAAAAGGAGGAAAUGAAAUAAAAUCUAGAAGUCUCUGCUUCAAAUCUGUAGCAUGAAAUGGAAUUUAAGAGGGAAGAAAAAAGGAAAUGUUUGGAAGAACUCAGGAAAUUGAUCUAGUUGUGGCAAUUGAAGCUAUCAGGAAGGAAGAAAAAUAAUUCUCAAAAGUGAUUUGUUGGAGUUCGGCAAAGGCCAUCUGGCAGAUGGAUGGCUGAGAUCAAAGACACCAUACAGAAGAUAAGAGUGUGGCUAGGCACCUAUGACACUGUUGAGAAAGCAACCGGAGCUUAUGGUGAGGCAGCCUGCAUCCUCCGUGGUGCCAACACCAGGACCAACUUCUGGCCAUGUUCUCCAGCUUCUAAUCCUACCUCAGCUCUUCCUUCUAAGAUCACUAACCUCCUUCUCCAAAGGCUGGGAGCCAGAGACAACACCUCUGCUCCCUUACCAUAUUCUUCCUUGAUCAACAACAUCUUUGAUGGCUGCUACAUCAGUAAUACUACUGCAAAUGCUUCUGAUUACUUGACAACGAGUCUCAAGUCAUGUUUAACAAAGAAGGAGGAUUCUAGUGGGAGAGAUUUGGGUUUGGAUUAUUUCAGUUUCAGUGAUGCUGCUCAAUCUUCCAGUUACUACUCUCCCUUUGAGAUGGCUGAAGAGAUUGAAGAGCCAGUGGAGGCAGAGAAUUUCUCGGACAAGCCCUCAAUGUUAAGAGCUGCCAUGAAGAGAAUUAAGUAUAAGAGGAAGUUCUCUGCUUCUCUUUAUGCUUUCAAUGGAAUACCAGAGUGUUUGAGGCUGAAGUUCGGGUUAGACCAUGUCAAGGGUGGAAGAGUAAAAGCUGAACUGUCAAUUCAAGGUCUAGAGGGCAAGAAAGGAGAAGGGAAUGGAAGUGAAGUGAUAGGGAAGAAAAUGGAGGAGAGCCUGGAUUCUCCAAGCAGCUCAGUGGAAACGGGGUCUUCUUCAAGCAAUGAAGGUGAAUUUUGUCUGUGGAGCUCACUUGAUCUUCCAACUAUCUGUUUUGUUAACUGAUGGAUAUAACUGUAAUUGCUUCGAUACCUGUUGUUAGUUCUAAUUUUCUGAGAUAGGUUGAGGGAAUAAUGACAUAUUGACAUGUAAUGAUCAGUUUGUAUCACUGAAAUUUGUUCUUUGUCUCAUGUUCAUGAAUCAUGAAUUUUAUGAGUAGUUAUUCUAAUUUCUAUCACUUUAUCAAGAUAGAUAAAGGCUGUGAAAGCCAAUAAAGCAUUUGUAUGGUG